AUGUUCAUUUGGGGUAGAGGAGGGCAAGUUCUUGGGGGUAGUGGUCACCCGGGACGGUUUAAAGCUAACCCGGAAAAGGUCGUCGCCAUAACGCGGAUGCCCUCUCCCAGGACUUUGAAAGAGGCACAAGCGUCAAAUGGGCGUCUAGUGGCUAUAAACAGAUUCCUGGCAAUACACGCCGAGAGGUCUUUGCCAUUCAUAAAGACGUUGAAAGAUUGCCUUAACAAGAAAAACUUCAAGUGGACCAGCGAAGCGGAAGAAGCCCUGCAAGACAUGAAAUGUUUUAUCGAGAAACUACCCAUGCUGACAGCGCCAUACCCAGAAGAAUUACUCAAAAUGUAUCUGGCAGCAGCUCAUAACGCGGUGAGCGCGGUACUAAUGGUAGAAAGAGAUGGGAAGCAAACACCUAUAUAUUACAUCAGCCGAGUUCUGGCGGGACCCGAAACACGGGAUCCAACACUCGAAAAGUUGGUCCUAGCACUAGUUCACGCCACUCGACGACUCAAAAGAUAUUUUCAAGGGCAUCGCGUGCAGGUCUUAACAAAUUACCCGCUAUGGCAAAUUUUGCAUAAGCAAGAGAUCUCUGGAAGAUUGGCUAAAUGGGCGAUCGAGUUGGGAGCCCUGGAUAUCGAAUAUCGAAAGCGAACAGCAAUCAAGGGACAGGUGAUCGCCGAUUUCUUGGCUGAAAUUCCUGAGGGUGAAACAAUACUGGAUCCCGCCAUCCAGGAUAUCCCGGAAUCCAGCACAGCCAGACAAACCUGGAAACUUUACACCGACGGAUCAUCCAGCGGGAAAGGUUCCGGGGCAGGUCUAAUGCUGAUAAGCCCAGAUGAGGUAAGGCUGAUGUAUGCCUUACGUUUUGAUUCCGAAUGCUCCAAUAAUGAAGCAGAAUAUGAGGCGCUACUCGUGGGCUUGAGGAUGGCCCAAUCUAUGGGAACAACAAGAGUUGACGCGUAUGUUAAUUCUCUACUGGUCAACAACCAAGUAAACGAAACUUACAAGGCAAAGGACGAAUCAAUGGCGAAAUAUUUGUCUAAAACUAAGGAGCUCAUAGCUUCCUUCGACAAUGUAACGCUUAAUCACGUCCACAGAGGAAAAAACCAAAUAGCAGACGCCUUGAGCAAACUUGCUACUUCAGGUAUGGAAAGAGAAGUAAAGGUAGAAACAUUGCAAAUACCUUCUAUUGAACCCCGGGAGGUUUCCGCCAUUGCGGCAGGAGAACCCUGUUGGUACACCCCAAUACUAAAGUUCCUCACAAAGGGUGAAUUACCUCCCGUCAGGGGCGAAGCCCAAAAUAUCCAAACUAAGGCAUUGCAAUAUGAAGUCAACAAUGGCGUCCUGUACAGGAAGUCAUACUUGGGGACCGCUACUACGGUGUGUAUCCCCAGCAAAGGCAAAAUAUCUAAUCCAAGAAAUACACUCUGGCAUAUAUGGCAUUCACGCUGGACCCCGGGCAGUUGUUGCCAAAAUCCACAGCGUCGGGUACUAUUGGCCCGGGAUGCAUGA